AUGGCCUCGAGCGAAGCACCCUUGCCUCUGGAAAUCUCUGAUACACCAGCGAGUCCAGUUCAUAAUCCAGCGACCACUUCACCUCUUAACAAUAACGUGUCACAACCUGCGGACACUGAUGAUGCAGCUACCGUGUUGGAGUUUCUAGCAUGGGGCCGUAAGAAAGACAUCGACUAUGGGACAUCACCAGAGCAGAACAGCGGGCCACGGCGACUGAGUAUCAGGGAUGAGGAUGAAGCGGUUGCAUCCAGUAUGCUAUAUGAAACCAGCAAAGAUGCACAGCUUGACGUACUUGAAGCGCUUCUUCCGAACAAGACUCAUAUCGUCCAGCUUGUGGAGUACCACAGUACCACCAUCCUAUGGUACCAUGGGUCUUACUCCUCAGCAAUAUUCAAGGACGACCUGGAUAUCUUUCUUGGAGACUACGAAGGCGACGUCCGGCACCAAGGCUUGAAUCUGCAAUGGCUUAGUUUACUGUUCGCCAUCAUAACAGGCAGUAUCACAUGUGCGCCACCAUCUGUCUAUCAGUCUUGGGGUUUCUCAUCAGAAGAGAGGAAGGUCUUGUCACAAAGAUGGUACGAAGCGACUGUGACGUGUCUCGAAAUCGCUGGCUACAUCGAGGCUCAUACCAUCUACUCUGUUCAAGCCAUCGCAACAUUGACCAUCGCGGCUCAUAUCCUUGGCAAGUCGAACAGCCAGUCGAUACUGCUUGCCUCAGCUGGUCGUAUUGCCCAGAGUCUUGGGCUGCACCGACUUGGACCAGAAAGCGCAACCUCUGCCACCUCGAAGGAGCAGCUACGCCAGCGUGAAGCCGGUCGACGAGUCUUCAAUCAGCUUUGCACGCAAGAUUGGUUCCAGAUUCCGUUCUCCGAGUCAUAUUCGCUCAAUCCUCGCUUCUUCACUACCGCAAAGCCGCUGAACUGCAAUGACGACGACAUGGUACCGCAUCCAUUGAGCAUACCCACCCAAGCGAGCUAUUGCAACUAUCGCUAUGACAUUGCAGCGCUUAUGCCGCAACUCCUAGAUGCGAUGACAGGCUGUAACACGCUUUUCACGAAAUAUGAACAGGUGCUACAUUACGACGAGAAGAUGCGCAAGCUUGCGACUGCAUGUAUACCUACAUUUCUAUCAACGAAUGCGCCGGUGGCGACCGAUUGGCCUAUCUAUGUUGGCUGGGCUAGACGCUCGCUGACUAUAUGUGCUUCACACAAGAUCAUCAUGAUACAUCGAAAAUUCAUCGGUCUCUCCUUCACCAAUUCCGCGUUUCAAUUCACUCGGCGUACCUGUAUCGCGGCGUCGAAGACCAUAUUGAAAGAGGCACUAUCAGGCAGUGAUGAGCAGGGCCCAAUACUAUGGAUCGAGCAAGCCUUUUCAGUAGCAGCGGGGAUCAUCCUCAGUCUCGAUACCCUUCAUCGAUCGGCUAGUGACAGGGAGUUCGACGAGCACACCAGACUUGUUGCAGACACAAUCGGUUAUUUGAGUAGAUUCGAACAUAGCAAGAUUGCCUCGCGCGGCGUGCGAUUGCUGUCGGGAUUGCAGCGCGAGCUCCAGGGUGGAGGCGUGAACAGCAAGAAGCGUGCACGACCUGCGGACAGUCUUGGAAUCCCGUCGCCGUUGGGCAAGCGAACCCGCAGAUUUAACGUGGAGACCUUUAUCAGCGAUGUAGCCCAAGACUUGCAGGUAACAACCCCCACGUCAUCAUCGACCGAAGAUGUUCCUAUAGGCGUGGGAGAUACUUCAUGGAACUCUUUCAUGAACUUGCUACCGCCACAAACAGGCUUUGGAGGGCAAAGCCUGUUCGAUGACUUGCUGUCAUUUCAAUUCUGA